UUUCACUUCAGUCUUUUAAAAUAGCCUUUCGAUUACAAUACACUGGUAAUAUUUUUAUCAAUUAGCGUUGAGAGCUUAGGUGUAAAAUGAAUUUCUAUUUAAGUGUCGUUGUCAUGAAAAUAUCGGUUUCAAAAUUGGCAGAUUUGUUGUUGAAAAAAUUUUUGUCCGUUUGUUUGGUUUGAAAAAAAUGCUCAUAAUGCUCACAGUAGUUUCGUAAUUUUUUCUAAAAUAGUCAUUUAUCCUUUUAUUCAAAGAAGUUUAAUUUUUUUAUUGUUAAUAAUAUAGGUUCAAUAUUUGUCUCAAUGCCUGUCUUCACUGGUUAUUCGAUGUUGAAAAAAGCCGAAGUUUUUCCGACAAACGGGCAGAAAACUAACACCAACAUAUAUGUAAUGCGCCAUGCAGAACGAGUCGAUAAUUUGUUUGAAAACUGGAUAUCAAAUUGUUCUUCAGCUGAUGGAAAAUACGUUCGAUAUGACUCCAACAUGCCAAUUAGUUUACCCAAAAGAGAAGGUUCAAUCGAGUCAUUUAGAUUUGAUUCUCCUCUAACAAACAUCGGGGCUUUCGAGUCGUCGCUAAUAGGAGAAUCACUCGCAUUGGCUGGUGUGAAUAUUCGUCACGCUUAUAGUUCUCCGGCUCUAAGAUGUGUACAGACUUGCCACAAUGUUUUCAGAGGAGCAGGAAUAAACGACGUGUCAAUUAAAAUUGAACCGGGUUUGUUCGAGUGGGUUAGUCUGUAUGCCGGUAUAUAUCCAUCGUUCAUGACUCAAGAAGAAUUAGUUAACGCUGGUUUCUUUAUUAAUAAAAAUUACCAACCUUUGUACUCCUACGAUCUCUUGAAAACUUUACUGGACGAAACUAGCGAGCAGUACUAUCAACGAGGUUACGAUGUCGUCAAUAAAAUUUUGAAAGAAGUGUCUGAAAACGGCGGUGGAGAUAUCCUUCUUCUGGGUCAUGGUUCAACGUUGGAUAUAUGUUCCAGACAGUUGAUAGGCUCCAAACCUAGAGAUGGGGACGUAAUUGGACGAUUAUUGUACGAAGUUCCAUAUUGUGGUAUGAUUAAAUUGCAACAACUAAACAACCAAUGGAAAAUUGUUGAUAACGAUGUCCCCGGUAUCAGUCAUUCUUCAAAUAAAGGGUUCGAUUAUAACAUUUUACAUAAUUUUUAUUAAAAAUAGGACUUCACGAAUCAGUUACCCGUGCAAUAUAGUUACUCGAUAAUUUUUCUUCCAUUUUCGUUGUACAAUGUACAUAUUGUUUGUUAUUGAUGUUUUUGUUGUUUUUAUUUUUGAAAUGUAAACUCUCGAUUGGUGUGCUCUCGUUGUUACACUUCAUUGAUAGUGUUAUUGUUUAAAGUCUCAUUGUACCCUAAUAUUUCGAUUUCCAGUCUUUUGUACCCGAAACGAUGAAACUGGUUUAUUUUAAUUUUUUAAACUUCCGUAGUAACUCAAAAAUAAAUACUCGAAUCAAAAAAAUCAUGUACAUAUAUAGCUCAGGAAUUUUCUUUAUGAAAUUUUCUUGUAAGAAAAAUACCCUGAAUUGAAAAACGAAUUGAAUGAAAAUUUUAUUUCUACCAUCUUGGAUUUUCACGAUCAGGUCAACAAUGACUCCUUUGAGGGGUUAAAUUUUCUGCUUGUAUGUGCUUUGCCUUGCGAGUAGGAGAAUAAUUUUGUUGUUUGUCUAGUCUUUGCGAUAUUUAAGUACAUAAUAACUACGUUAAUCAGAUGCAUAAUCGCGCUUUUCCUUGUUGCAAAACACUAGCUUGUACCUACUCAUUACAAAAAAUAUGUACUUGUCAUUUUUUUCUUUUUUCGAGAAAAUUGAUUGUAAUUUGAUGUUCUAGUAACUGAUUACUUUAAAGCGAUUUUACUUUUAUUAUGUACCUGGUGCGUGGUUACCACGGUACAGAGAUAAAUGUUUCAAGUAAAACGGACCUCUUUGUGAUAUUAUUGAAUAAAUGUUGUUUUUACCGAUUAA